AUGCGAUUGGCCGAGUUGCGAAGAGAGGCACGUGAGGAGGCGGUGGCGCUCCGGACCGGGCGCUCGGCGGGAGGAAUGAAAGUGGCGGUCUGCCCGGCAGUUGGUCCCGGGUUCUGGGACUGGGGAGCUAAGGGUGGUGGGGUAGUGCCGCUGCUCUUGGUCCUCUCUUGCUGCUUGGUCUGCGGCUCAGCUGAAAUGGGUGUUGGUAAGAUCAUGCUUCAGGAAUCCCAAGUUUAUAGUUUGACUGCCAGCCAACAGUUCUGUUAUGAAAACGUGCUCAUCCCAAAAUGGCAUGACGUGUGGACACGGAUACAGAUCCGGAUAAAUAGUUCCAAACUGAUUCAAGUCACACAGGUUGACAAUGAAGAGAAACUGAAGGAGCUAGAGCAGUUUAGCAUCUGGAACUUUUUUUCCUCUUUUUUAAAAGAGAAAUUGAAUGAUACCUAUGUGAACGUGGGUCUGUACAGUGCAAAAACCUGCCUCAAAGUUGGGAUUAUCGAGCAGGACACCAUAUACAGUGUCAUUGUGACGCGGAGAUUUGAUCCCAAGCUCUUCCUCGUUUUUCUCCUUGGACUCACAUUGUUUUUCUGUGGAGACCUCCUUAGCAGAAGUCCAAUUUUCUACUACUCCACUGGGAUGAGUGUAGGAAUUGUGGCCUCUCUCCUGAUCGUUGUUUUCAUGCUAUCCAAGUUUAUGCCCAAGAAAAGUCCCGUUUACGUCAUCCUGGUUGGAGGCUGGUCAUUUUCUCUGUACCUCAUUCAACUAGUUUUUAAAAAUUUGCAAGCGAUCUGGAGCUGUUACUGGCAGUACCUUUUAGGCUACAUGUUGGCAGUGGGCUUUGUGAGUUUUGCAGUGUGUUACAAGCACGGGCCCUUGGAGAAUGAAAGGAGCAUCAACCUGCUCACCUGGAGCCUGCAGCUGCUGGGUCUGGGCUGCAUGUAUGCCGGCAUCCAGAUCCCACACGUCGCCCUCGCCCUCAUCGCUGCUGCACUGUGCACCAAGAACCUGGAGUACCCCGUGCAGUGGCUAUACAUCACCUACAGAAGGCUGUGUAAGGCAACAGGAAAGCCUGUCCCCCCUCGUCUCCUGACAGAAGAGGAGUAUCGGGUGCAAGCAGAGGUGGAGACUCGAAAGGCUUUAGAGGAGCUUCGAGAGUUUUGUAACAGUCCAGACUGCUCGGCUUGGAAGACUAUUUCUCGAAUCCAGUCUCCAAAAAGAUUUGCUGACUUUGUGGAAGGCUCUUUCCACCUCACACCAAAUGAAGUAUCCGUCCACGAGCAGGAGUACGGCCUGGGGAGCAUCAUCGCCCAGGAUGAUGAAGCAUCCUCGGAGGAGGAUGAGGAGAUGGAGGAGAACGCACGGCCGCAGUGGUCUACUCUCACACAGGGCAGCUCCCUGACCUAGUGGCACAUACCUCCUGUGCGUUCACCGGCCUUGUGCCUCAGUGGUCCCCAUGGCCUGUGACAUGCAGUUCUUCCACUUCUGUGGGACAACCCAUCCAUGGGAUUCCUGGGGGCAGUGAAUGUCAUGCUCGUUUCACCUCCCUCUGAGUCAGCCGUCAGCUGCUCGCCUGGCGCCCUGGCCAUGUGCCGCAGUGCCUCCACUGAGGGGAAGCCACACAUCCGAGCCACCUUUACUUCUGCUUUUAUUUCAGUGGCUUCAGCAUCGUCCUUGAUCGGACUGUUUCAAGAAGAAAAUGAAUUUCUGUCUGUCUGAUUUUUCAAGUGCAGAUAUCUUUCAGAAAGUGUAGCAAACUUGUGUUCUGGAGCCUGCAAGUCCUCCAGAGUGAGCAGCCCCACAGGCCUGACCCCAUUCCUUAGCAAGGUUGUGGGAAGGUGCGCACUGCAGGCUGGGCUUGGAGUGACUUCCCACAAGGAGGAGCAGGAGUCCUGCUCGCUGUUAGGAAAACUCCCAGUGGGUCCUCUGUAUGUGUGGGGUCUCUCAGGAUGUUUUUUCUAUUUCACUUGGAAUUCUAUCAUAAAAUAUUCACUUGGCUCCCUUCCCUCCCCUCUGUGGCCCCCUUUGUCCCUGCAGGCAGGACUGUUUCCCUGCCCACGUCUGAGUACAGAUGAGAAUGUCUUCCAUUCUUCCACACCCUUUCCUUUGGCUUGUGCCAUUUUUUGUUGCCAGCUGAGAUAUGUUCUGUGUAGGGGAUUUUAAGCUUUUUGCAAAUUGCUCAUUUUUCUCAUCAUUGGACCCCACAUCUUUGAGUUGCUAAGGGAACAAGAAAUUCUGUUUCCUUCCCCUUCAUUUGUUUACCCAUCCCUUUUAGUCCCUUUCUCCCCAGAGUGGGAGUCCUUUGUGAGUCCUGAGACUCUGAAGGGGCCCUGGGUAUGCAGCUGCUGUCUGUGGGACUGCCUGCUCACCGCCUGCCCCCUGCCCAUGGUGCUGCCAGCACCCAGCCCUCCAGGUUGUCUCCAUGUCUCAUCCAACCUUCGGGAACAGACACGUGUUCCUCUGAACUUGUCACACUUCCUCGCACUUCCAUUUCUGACCAGAGGUUCACCCUGCCUUUGAUGACCAUAGUGUUAGUCCUAGAUUCUUCCUUAUCAGCCAGCAGUGCGAUUUAUGAGGGAGCAAAUUCCUCCAUAUUAUUCGCUUGGUUCUCUUUGUGCUCUUCACCCUUGAGCUGUGGAGGAGGCGGUGGUUACUUCAGCUGGGGCAGCAGGCCCCAUGGCAGGUGCUCAGCCUCACUCUUCCUGGCUUCCUGUGACGGUGGAGUAAGCAGGUUGAUUUUGUCUUGAGCACUGUAGCGACUCCUUUGUAUGAGCUGUUGAGUGCACCCUUCUGAGAGGCCCUUGGCUCCCCUGCUGACUUGUGGAGCAUUAGCUCAGAGCCUCCUCUCCAGGGGGCUGGUUGGCAGUUUCCACUAGUAUCUCCCACAGCCUUAAACUGUCCCAGAGUGACAACUACCUCAGCUGACAGCAGACCUAGAGUUGGAAGCCGAGAGUGAACAGGGUCCAGGCAAAUGCCAGGAGUUAAACUUGCAGGAUUGAAGGGCCUUUAUGUUAGGAAAUCUUUAUGCCUUUGUGAAUUACGUAAAUGGUAAAAAUUUGCUCUUGUACACAAAACUGUUACAAUCCCUGGAAUAUACUAUUUUUUACUAUAUAGGGAUCACAACCUUGCGUUUGUGUGAUAUGUUGAUUUGAAAAAAAAAAAUAACUCAGCUGUGUAAGUGGUCUUAGGAUCCCUGGAGACUUUGGCGCCCUGUCCAGGGAGGAGGUGCUGUGCGGGGAGUGGGAACCGGGCUCAGGGCUGACUUCCCUGUCACUUUUGUGAGCAGGAGAGUGGUCGUCUCCUCUGUGCGGUAAAGUCCUUGUGAGAUGUGAUUGCCAUCUCAAGACCAGGUUUUUUUCCUCUGUGUUUGAACUUGGAGUAAGCUUACUUCUGGCACAUGUGCAAAGGUUGGCAGUGGAGAUGUCCUGAGAGUGCAGGAUGGGGUUGGCCAGUGUGCUCUGUGCCCCCGCCCUGCCUGCCUUCAUGGCUUUGCCCAGGUGCUUCAGGGCUGCUGCCACCACCUAAAAUGGCUCAGUUCUAUAAGCCGUGGGGAACGGCUCUCGCCUGCCUCCCAGCCACUUAGUUGGCUGGUUCUGGCCCUACUUGAACCCCUCUUCAGGCAGUCACAGCUCUUGCAAUUUCAGCAAAGCUCCAGUUCUCAGAUGGAUUUCAUCAGCAAGGAUUGAAGGGAUGACCGUGGGGUGAACUGGAUGCUGGAGCCAUGUCUGCUGCCAUGUCAGCGUCUUGCUCAGGGACUCAGGGUCUCAUUAGCAUUGGAAAUCUAUCUCCCCUUGUUGUUCAGCCUGAGUUGGUACAGAGCACCUGCCUCCCUUUAGUGAGACUACAAGAUGCAACUGGCCAGCAACAGUUUACUUGUCCCCUUACUUUGUUUUCCCAGGGCACUGACAGAACACAAGACUGAAAAGCAGGGAAAUAACUGUGUUUCCUGCUCAUCUGUCCACCACUGCCUCCUGUCAAAACCAAAUAAUUUCUUGCCCCCAACUUCUCCCUUCCCCUUGUUAAUGUUUGUUUCAUCUAUUACAAAGGGGAUUUUGCUCUCGCCACCUCCCAACCCCCAUUCCAUUGUAUGUGAACGUGUCCCUCUCUCAGGCCCAGCUCUCCUGCCAACUACAUCCUGUUUGACCUAGUCCUCACUGGACACGGAAAAUAGUGGCUUCAUAAAUGAAUGGGCCUAGGUAAGCUGGAUGGGCACCCAGCUCCUGACUAGCCACCCCAGGAGAGGGUUAGACUAUGUAAGCGUCCUCAACCUUUGUGGUGUUCUGGGAGAAAAGGUGGACACCUGUGUAGAAAUGGUUUCUAGCUGUGUACUCAUGGUUCUUCUAAUUGAGCAGGGAAGGAUAAAGUAGGAGGAAAAUGAAGAAAAUACCCUUGUGGUACUUGUAAAGGUUCCAGUCUGACAUAGGAAACAGUAACCUUUACUGGAAGGCCAAGGAUUGUGUUUGGACCCAGGGAGGACAAUUUGACAGAUUUAUGAUGCCCUGGAUGCUCUAAGCAGCGAAACCAGGUAAUACAGGAAAUAGCCAUCGCACAAGGCAUGUGUGCCUAGACUGUUUGCUUCCGUUUCUAUGUAGCAGAAACUGGUCUUCUUUCCCCAGGGCACCUGUCCAGUUGUGGUGACCCAGAGGAGUCUUUUGGUGACUCAGUCUACAGAUUCAGGUUGCCGCUGAAGUGGAUUCAAGGCGGCAACUCCCUUCUGAAGGAUGUCUGGUGCCUUUUAUGACGGGCCAUAGCCUGCUGGGAAUAAGCCACAGAGUGGUGCCAGUGUGUACUUGCAGCUGUGGUCACACAGACCGUCCACGUGUGGGGCGCUGAGCUGUCACCCCACCGCUACACCCACGUGUGCCAUCUUCCUCCUCCACAUCAUGGAUAACUUGAAGAUGGAGCUGCCCUCUCUGAACCUACCCCCUGGCAGGAGCAGCAUUCUUAGGUUCACAUAGGAGACAGCUGGUGACAAGGGUGUUAGGAGGUGUUACAGCCUGCAAUCACCACAGCUUUUCAUGUUGAUGGAAUUGGGGUUGAUUAUGACAGGGCUAAGAAAUGAGUGCAUUGUAGCCUGUGGGUAAUGCCUUAGUGUUAUGUAAAUAAUAUAUUUGUCAUUUAUGUAUUUAAAAUAAAUGUUUAUGAAUGUCUGAAAGAAACAAAAUUAUCAGGGAUGGCUCUUUGCCAUAGGUCUCAUUUUCACCCUUCUUUCUGUAAGGAAAAAAAAUAAGGUCUUAAUGUAUUUUUUGAUUCGUAUUAUAUAGUUUGUAAAUGGUCCCAGUUUUAAUAAAGUUCUUGAGACUA